GUAGUGCUGUGGUGUAAAUAUGAGACAAUGGCGCAUGCUAGUGACGCAGCAGGGAACAGGGCGGAUUAUAGGACCCGCGGAUGGAAGUAAAAGCGAAUAACUAAAGUUGUGGUUUUCCUUGUGCAGCUCAGCGGCGGUGUGAGACAAAACGGGGAGUGAAUUCACGCUUGUGGCUUGCCGCCGCCGCAGCGUGCACGAGCAGCCGGCUCGUUUGCUCGAUUCUCUCCACCAAACAGAGGAUAAAGGAGGAGAGCUGAGGGUUCGCUUUGUGUAUGUGUGUGUUACUGUAUUUCGGAAGAAACCAUGCGACACGACCCAGGUCGGCAGCCGGCGGUUCCGCCUCACGUUUAGCCGGGCGGGCAGGCUGGACGGACGCUUGCUUUGGUUUGUUCGGCUUGUGACGGACGGGCACGUCCGACCGGGACUUCGCCUUGGGUCCGUGGCAGCUCAAGAGGAGGUUCGGUGCUCGUUUGGCUCUUGUAACACUGAGAACGCCAGCUGGUCCAGUUUCCAUUGAUGCUGUUGGAGGCUCGCGGUUACUCUCCUCGCCAACUCCGCCUGCGCUAAGCCCACCUCUCCUCUUGCCAUGGCGAUGAGCAGUGAGCCUGGCAUCCAAAGUCUGGAGUCCAGUUCUGAGGAACAGAGCAGUAGUCUCACAGACAUCUUAGCCGCCAUGUCCACGCAAGAUUUGGGUGGUUCUGUGAGGAAUGGACGUGCUCAGCUGGACAAAAGGACUCAACCAUCACGUCCUCAGUUGAGUGGGAGGAAGUUCUCUCUACAGGAGAGAGGAACAUACCUCUCAUCCGGAGGGGGCUACACACACGUCUCCCCUCGUGUGGCUCGGAGGCCCACAGUGGAGUCCAAACGUGUGUCCAUUUCGGACUCUCAGGAUUGUAUCCAGUUGAACCAGUAUAAAUUGAAGAGUGAAAUUGGAAAGGGAUCUUAUGGUGUGGUCAAACUGGCAUACAAUGAGGAUGAUGACAAACAUUAUGCCAUGAAAUUAGUGUCAAAGAAAAAGCUAAUGAAGCAGUGUGGUUUUCCUCGUCGUCCACCGCCAAGAGGACCCAAGGCUGUCCAAGGUGAACAGCCCAAAUUUUUGGGACCGUUGGAAAGAGUCUACCAGGAGAUUGCCAUCCUGAAAAAGCUCGAUCACGUCAACGUUGUUAAACUUGUGGAGGUGCUGGAUGAUCCUUCCGAGGACAACCUUCACAUGGUAUUCGAGUUGAUGCGCAAAGGACCAGUGAUGGAAGUACCCACAGACAAUCCUUUGUCAGAGGAACAGGCAAGAUUAUACUUCCGAGACGUCAUCCUUGGUAUAGAGUAUCUGCACUACCAGAAAAUUGUACACCGCGACAUCAAGCCUUCUAAUUUGUUACUUGGGGACGAUGGCCAUGUAAAGAUUGCAGAUUUCGGAGUGAGCAACCAGUUUGAGGGCAAAGACGCACUACUGUCCAGCACUGCUGGUACUCCUGCUUUUAUGGCACCGGAGACCUUGUCAGACAAACGCAAGAGCUUCAGUGGGAAAGCACUGGAUGUUUGGGCCAUGGGAGUCACCCUUUACUGUUUCAUCUUUGGAAAGUGCCCAUUUAUUGACGAAUACAUAUUGGCUUUACACAACAAGAUAAGGACCAAACCUGUGGAUUUCCCGGAAACAACAAAAAUCAAGGAAGAACUGCGAACUUUGAUCUUGAGAAUGCUGGACAAGAACCCGGACACCCGGAUCACUAUUGCUGAGAUCAAGGUGGACCAAUGGGUGACUCAGGGGGGCUCUGACCCUCUCCCCCUGGAAGAGGAACACUGUUCAGUGGUAGAGGUGACCGAAGAGGACAUCAAGAACUCAGUCAAGUUUGUACCCAGCCUGUCUGCUGUGAUCUUGGUCAAAGCCAUGUUGAGGAAACGUUCCUUCAGUAAUCCAUUUGAGUGUCCUAGUCGGAAGGAGGAGAGAUCUAUGUCUGCACCCAGCAGCCUGCUCAUAUUGUCUCUCACAGUGGACAAACACUUACCAUGGGGCCCCCAUCGUCAAAUUGAAUUGGACGUCGAUCGCAGUCAACGGCAGCCUGGACUCUAGGCCUUUCCGGCCAUCUUUAAAACUGCACCCAUCACUCAGAAAGAGCAGCACUGGUGACGGGCCCAGGGAAGGCGAACUGGAGGAUCUGCAUGAAGAUGAAGCUUCCUCUUGAGUCUUAAAGACACUCGUUUUUUUCCCUCAAACUUUUCUUCUCCUUUGUUUUUCCUCUACCACUGUGCGCUCUUCACCUUAUACUCAGCAAACAGGCAUGAAACAUCAAUAUUUUAUCCUCAAAUUGGGCUUUAGUUUGCAAUUUUCAUCAGCCUCAGAGUAACAAUUUCCCUUUUUGUAAUUACAGUUUCACCUAUUUCCUCUUUUCAUGUCGAUCUAUUGGUGGGAAUGUCAAAGACCGGAACAUAACUUCUAGUGAAACACUGUAGAGUGUGUAUCAUCUUCCAGUGAACUUCUGGAUUUAAUUUAUGACCAAUAGUGUUUUUUUGUUUUUUUUUUAAAUUAUUGUUCAUAGAUUUCGAAGGUCUUAACGGGAUUACUCCCACGUUACUCUUUACCAUAGCUUUAUUAGUCAUUUCUCUGUUGCCUUCACUGCCCUUAGCCGGUGGCAUUUCUUCUGAAAACCACUUUUGAAAGCAGAACUUCACUUCAACGCAAGUUUUGACUCUUGAGCAGACCAACAGGCCAUUUUAGUCAUAUUAAAUGCUGCUGUAAUAUACUUGACAUUUAGUAUUUGAACAAGAGUUUUGCAUGGUUUUGUCAUCAAACACCAUUUUCACUGAUUUGAAGAGAAACAAUCAAGAUGUGAUUGAAGUGGAGACUCACAAAAAAAUAUUACAGAUAAUGUUUAGUAACUCCAGAACAUUUAUGCAAAGUACCCCAAUUUGCAUUUUAAUGCUUGAAUGAAAAUCAUUUGAAGUUGACGAGUCGAAUAUUCUGCCCUCAGAUACUGUACUUGAUGCUCGUUUGUGAGUCUUAUGUUUCAACAGUUGGCCUUUUUUUGUGGUUAGUUGCGUAAUAUAAAAGUAUCACUUGGAUAGCAAAGCAAGUUUAACCCUUUCUUGGGCAUUCUGGCAGCCAUUGAUGGCGCUAGACGUCCAAUCCGUUUUGACUGACAUUUGAAUUCCAAAUGGAUUGGACCUCUAUUGCUGUCAAUCGCCGUGUUAACAAGGUAAAUAUUGGAAAUAAAAACUACAUUGUGGCUUGACACUCCUGGUUUAAUCAUUUGACAAUUAUCCUAUUAAUUAUGUACGUACAGUGGUAUGAAAAAGUAUCUGAACCUUGUGGAAUUUCUUACAUCUCUGCGUAAAAUCACCAUCAAAUGCGAUCUUUGUCAAAAUCACAAAGAUUUAAAAACUGUUUCUGCUUUAACUAAAACCACCAAAACAUUUUUAUUUUCAUAUUUUAAUGAGGAUAGCAGGCAAACAUAGACAGAAGGGGGGGGGGGGGGGGGUAAGUAGGUGAACCUUCUGCCUAAUGAGACUUUGAAAAGCAAUUGAAACAGAUUUUUAUCAAACAAUCUAAAACAGAUGUGUGCCCAAUCACUGAUGAGUGGUUUAAAGCUGCCCUGGCCACUAUAAAACACACACCUGGUAAGAAUUGUCCUGUGAUCACGGAUUGUUCAUUUGUAUAAAGCUGGGAAAGGAUACCAAGCAAUGUCUAAAAGUCUGGAUGUUCAUCAAUCAACAGUCAGAGAAGUUGUCUACAAAUGGAGAGAAUUUGCCACUGUUAAUUCUCUCCCAAUGAGUGGCCGUCCACCAAAGAUAACGCCAGGAGUUCAGCGCAGAAUACUCAGAGAGGUUAAAAAAAAAAAGAACCCAAGGGUGUCUGCUAAAGACGUACAGAAAUCACUGGCACAGUCGUAUAUCUCUGUGCACGCAUCAAAUAUAUGUAAAACUAUGGCCAAGAAUGGUGUUCAUGGGAGGACUCCACGGUGGAAGCCGCUGCUGUCUCAAAAAAGCAUUGUUGCUCGUUUAAUGUUCGCAAAAAGUCACUUGGAUACUCCACAGAAGUUUUGACAAAAUAUUUUGUGGACUGAUGAAACCAAAGUUAAAUUGUUUGGGAGUAACACACAACGUCAUGUGUGGAGGAAAAAUGGAGCAGCUCACCAACAUCUCAAUCAACACCUCAUCCCCACAGUGAAGCAUGGUUGAGAGAGCAUCAUGAUUUGGGGCUGUUUUGCUUCCUAAGGGCCUGUACAACUUGCAAUCAUUAGUGUAAGAAUGAAUUCAAAAGUUUAUCAGGAUAUUUUGCAGGAAAACCUGAGGCCGUCUGUCAGACAGUUGAAGCUAUAAAUAGGAUGGUUGCUGCAACAAUACAAUGAUCCAAAACACAGAAGCAAAUCAACUUCAGAAUUGUUUCAGAAGAACAAAAUACACGUUCUGGAGUGGCCAGGUCAAAGUCCAGACUUGAACCCCAUUGAGAUGCUGUUGCAUGACCACCUAAAGACAGCGAUUCAUGCCAGACAUCCCAGGAAUCUGACUGAACUACAGCAGUUUCGUAGGGAAAAACCGGCCAAAAUUAGUCCUGAUCGAUGUGCCAGACUGAUCUGCAGCUACAGGAAGUGUCUGGUUGAAUUUAUUGUUGCCAAAAAGGGGGCCACAAAAUAUAAAAUCUGAUGGUUCACUUACUUAUUUUUCCCCCUUCUGACAUUGUUUGCAUGCUAUCCUCAUUGAAAUAUGAAAACCUAUAAAUGUUUGGGUGGUUUUAGUUAAAGCAAGACAGUUUAUUCAUCUGUGUGAUUUUGACAAAGAUUAAAUUACAUUUGAUGGAGAUUUUUUGCAGAAAUAUGAGAAAUUCCAAAAGGUUGAUACUUUAUCAUGCUGCUGUAAAUCAUCACACAUAAUAUGGUUUAGCCCGUUAUUUGUCAGAAAGCGAGCCUUUUCCCCCCCCAAAUAGUUUUGUAAGUGGCAGCCAGUGAAACAUUUCCAAUAAUUUCGAUUGAAAUCAGGACACUUGAAAACUACAAUGUCUACCUGAUAUGGCUGAUUAGAAGGGGGAAGUGCUGCACUAAAGCAUUCCCACAAUUGCUCUCAUACUCAGGGUCCUCCACUGAAACAUGAUGAGUGAGCGUUGCUAAAAUGGACCUUGUGGGCCCCCCCCCCCCCCACAUACUGUUUAUUAGAGGUGUGUGCUUUGAAAGGGUUCACAGAACCAUGUAUGCUGCUAACAACUUGCCUGCUAUUAUAGCUAGGAAAAUUGUUAUGUUUGAACGUUUUGGCAAAAGAGCUAUUUAUAAUUUAUAUCGUAAUGCGCAAUUAUCAAAAAUAUGACAGCAUUAAACAGCAGAGAUUUUCUGUUGUGUUGUAUAGUUUUUGAUGAUAGCAACUCUCAUUGAAGGGCUUAAAGACCUAAGAAGUGGUCUGUUGCAUUUUGUUGGUAUUAAGUUUUUGUUUCUUACGUGUUUGUUUGUGCAGCUAACUUUUUGCCCGAACACUCAGGCUACUCAUCACGUGAUCUGUGUUUUGGGCAUCCACCUUGAAAGGUAACCCACUGCUUGCACUUUACAUUAUUGCAUUUACUGUAAAUACAACGUGACUUUUACAUGGCAGACCUGUAAUACUCCGCAAGACUAUUUGUCAUCGUGUGCGUCCCCUGAAAAGAAAUAUUCAGAAUAUGCUCUUUCCUGAGUAUUUAAUAGCAUUUUACGGUUUUGUGCUGAUGUUAUUUUCAGUUGUAAAAACGGAUAACAUUGUACGGUCAAACUGCAGAAGUGCUUUCACUUGUCUGAUAUGCAUAAGCUAUAAAUCCGCUCAUUCUUAUGUGAAGCAUGUGUCUGUAAACCUCUUAACGCAAUAUAAAGCAAAAGAUGCCCAAAGAAAGGUCACUGAUUAAUCAGCUAACUCCUUUUUUUUUUUUUUUUACUGCGCCAAAAUAAAUAACCUGCAUGUUCAAAUACCUUUUUGAUAAUGAAAGAUGUAAUACUUACGGGAAUGGUACUGUUAUGCAUGUUUUUCAAGAUUAGUGCACAACAGCAUUUUAUCCAUUUAAUGUAUUCUUCCAUAUAAAAUGUCAAACGACAUGAAUUGUGGACUUUAAGGUCAGGUGUCUUGGCUCUUCAGAGCUCGGUGUUUCUAAAACAGUGCUUUCAGGAGAGAAAAGGUAAACGUGAGUGCUACAUUUUUUGCACUAGAGUAGAUUUUGGGACAUUUGUGUCUGCGAGCUGCUGCCGUUACUGUCCUAAUACUUGUUGAAGGUCUCUUGCGUUUCCUACAUUUCUCUACGUACAGUGCUUAACAUUUGUUAGGCCACCUUUCUUAAAACAGAUUCAUCAUUGGAUGGCAGCGAAUGAUCAUCUGACAGCACUACAGUGUAUCACAAAAGUGAGUACACCCCUCGCAUUUCUGCAGAUAUUUAAGAAUAUCUUUAAAUGGGACAAC